GGUGCACUGAAAGUCGUCUCAGUGCACGGAUAUUUAUCAAAUAUGAAAAAUAAAACAAAGUACAGAUGCUGCAAGCUUUGAGCAAGUUAGGCAGCAUCAAUGGGAAGAGAAACAUUUCAGUUGCAGACCCUUCCACGUAACUCAAAAGUCAACAGUGUUUAAUUUCAUUUUCAUCGGGAACUAUGACAUUCACACUUACUACAGCUUUGCACGUACAUGAAUGCUACAAUAUAACAAAUAAACAAAUACACAAUAUUCGAAUUAAGUAACUUGACCACAAUAGGGAGGUUUCACGGCAGUCGGGUCACGACCCAUGACCCGUACUGUUGCGACGCUACUCCAAAUGGAUUACACGCGAUGAACUGCAGAUUUUGGUCAUAGCAGAUGGACCUAGUGACCUUCAUGGCCAAGCUGGGCAGCCGACAGCAACCCAGCUCAGCACCUCCCCAGCCGCUUCCAGGCCAGACUGCCAAUGCCACCCUCGGCCAGCACUGCCUCCCUGGCUGCAUCCAGUCCGACCUACCAACCUUCAUCGCCAGGCCGGGUGGCCGAUGCCAGCUGCUUCCAGGUCAAACCUAGCCAUCACCGGCCCACACAACUUCCUCAGCCGUGACUGCUGAUGCCACCACCACCAACUCUUACCUGCAUUUCAGCCACCCGCAGGCCAUGACCAAUGACUCGCCUCUUCCCUGGCCGUCAGCAGACCGGGGUCAUCAACCAACCUGGAUUCCAGACCCUGUUCCAGACUGAGAAUCUGAAGAAGGGUCUCAACCUGAAACUUCACCUAUCCAGAGAUGCUGCCUCAAUUGCUGAGUUACUGGAACUCAGAGGCCUGUACACAACUCCCCCAAUGUUUCCCUCUCUCCCGCUGAUAGCUGGCUCUAUUUAAACUGAUUCCAGAGCAAAAUAUAAACUGCUGGUGGAAGUCAGCGGGCCAAACAUCAUCUGUGGAUGUUUGGGUCAAGACUCUGCACAAGGAUUGAGAAUGGAAACUUAGUAAUGUAGUGUCAAGCUACCAACCUCACCCUCAAUGUCAGCAAGUCAAAGAAGCUUGUUAUCGAUUUCAGGAAGCAUGGCGGAGUACAUCCCCCAGUCAGCAUCAAUGGUGUGAAAGUGGAAGUGCAAAAGUACAGAAUUUCCUCAUUACUCCAACAGCUCUUACUGAAUUUUGCAGAUAUACCAUAGAAAGUAUACUAUCUGGUUGCAUCGCAGCCUGAUUUGGAAAUAGCUCUGCGAAGACCGCAAGAAAUUGCAGAUGUGAAUGUCAAUCACACUCCCCACCAUUUAAUCCAUCUACACCAUGUUGUCUUGUAAAAGGAGCCAACAUAAUCAAGGACCCUUUUCUCUCUAUGGGUAAGCAGUUUCAGGGUUGGAGGUGGAGGAAGCAGGCUGUCUGCCUGAGGCAUAGAUUGUGACCCAAAAUCAUAGCCUUAGCAUUUAAUUAGAGGAAAUUUCAACUUGCCCAGUUAGAUAUAAGAAUUUAUUAACCCAGAACCAAAUUAAUUUAAUUGUCCUAUUACCACCUGCUAUUAGCCUUCAUCCUUUGUUAUUUAAUCUUUCUUGCCUUCCAACCCAUUUUGGACUUUUCCUUAUAUGUACCUCACCCCAUACCAAAAUCUCUGCUCCUCUUCCCCACAAAAAUACAUUUUCCAAAGAACAGGUAGUCUUCUUGCUCUUUCUAACUAUAAAUGUCACCUCACAUGUAAACUAAUGCCGGUUUCACACCAUUUCUCCACCCUAAAUGUUGAUCAUAUUUCUGAAUAUUUUGAAACCAAGCUUCAAGCCUGAGCCAAGUUGUUUACAUAUGUGGUAUAGAAAUGUAUUUAUGCAAGAACAACUUCUGAGCUUUUAUCAUUCUGAAUAACUACCUUGAACUGUACCUUUUUGUACAGCCAUUUUAACAUCCCUUAUGCCCCUUGCUCCAAAUAACCAGUCCUGAAUCUCAUUCAAUUACAUCUACAGUAUUACAGGUUGUUACUAAUUUAAGUACAUUAACUUAAGGACAUCCUCAAUGAGUUCAUAAUAUUGUUAUAUUCAGAAGUCCAGAGUAUGUAUAUACUUUAGUUCCUGCUAACGGCAUAACUAGUUUCUGCUCUUUCUCCACUUUUAGUAACCGUUCAGUCUUGUAUUUUUGAUGCCAUUCAUUGCAAUAUGGUGGCGGUACCAUUACCAAGAGUGAUGUUUGUGUAUUUUCUGACUUACAAACAAAAUUGACGUCUGUAAAAAAUCGGACAAGUUCAUUACUCGAUAUAAUGGCAGUUUUUACAACGUUUGAAGUCCAACUUUGAUAGCCAUUCAUUAUCGUAGAAGAUUUGGAGAUAUAGCCUAACGCACUCAUGACACACUUGACAGCAAAGGUAAGUCUUCCAGACGUUGUUUCCUGCUUAAUUGCUUUUUUAUUGAAGUAAUACAAAACAAAGAAAUAACUCAUAACUUUCUGUUCUUAAUCGCUAUUCCGUUCACAUCACAUAAAUCACAUAAAAGCUUCUUCUUAUAAAGGUAUGUCUCGUAACACGUGUGUGUCGUGAUCAUGGUAGAAAACUGUUUCCCCUCAUUCUCCGACACCAAACAGAAACUUCUAAUCUGAGAGUCUGCGCCAGACUCCUCUAAUAAAAGAACACACCCCUACUACGUAUCAAAUCCCACCUACAAAAGUACAGGCAGGUAAAAACUAAAAUAAAAAAUAUCAGACAUGAUAAUAAUACUGACUUAAGCUUAAUGGCUCGUACAUACCGGCCCCUAAUUGUUCCGAGUAUACAACGAGGCAAUUACCAAUAAACAUUAAAAAAGGAGCUAGAAAGGCUUAACAUAUCUCAAAUAUCAAAAGUAAUAAGCAUUAUGCAUUAGCAUUCAGACUUCUUUAGCGAUUUUUUCAUCUUCGCCUUAUAAAAGCAGACGUAUCUUGGUUAUCAGUCUUACCAAGAUGUUGUUCUUAGUCUGAAGUCAUCCUGUACGCAUCAAAGUCUUAAUGUGUGGCAUGAUCUCCAGUAUCUUUCCCAUCAACCAGUGCUCCAUCACUGUGCAGCAGAACUGGCCCCUGUGUUCACCAACAUCUUCAAUUCCUCCCUCUGCCAAUGUUCAGUGCCCCAGUGCUUCAAACAAUCCACCAUCAUUCCUGUGCCCAACUCUAACACAUCAUCCUGCCUCAAUGACUACAGACCGAUUGCCCUUACAUCUGUGGCCAUGAAGUCAUUUGAGCGCAUUAUUCUCGCUCACCUCAAAAUCAGCACUUCCUCCAACAUGGACCCACAUCAAUUCGCAUAUAGAGCCAACAGGUCAGUAGAAGACACAGUCAACCUGGCCAUCCAUCACACUCUGCAACACCUGGAAACCGCCAACACGUACGCCCGCAUCCUGUUCAUGGACUUCAGUUCGGCAUUCAACUCCAUCAACCCAGUCAAACAUAAAUUAACGGACAUGAACAUUGACCCCUGCAUCUGUCACUGGAUCUAUAGCUUCCUUUGGAACAGACAACAGAGGGUGAAGAUACAUAACACCAUAUCUCACCCUCUGCACCUCAGUACAGGAGCCCCUCAGGGCUGCGUCUUGUCACCCUGGUUAUUCUCACUCUACACAAAUCAACUCACAUCCCAGUAUAGUUCAGUUAAAAUAUAUAAAUACGCAGAUGACACAACCAUCAUAGGUCUCAUCUCGAACAACAACGAAACAGAAUACCGCACUCAAACACACAAAGCAGUCACUUGGUGCACAGAUAAUAACCUCCUACUCAACACAUCAAAAACACACAAACUUAUCAUUGAUCUCAGACGUAAGGCACAACCCAAGACCCCCCUACUCAUCUCAAGCGAACCCAUAUCCACCACUGACUCAUUCAAAUUUCUUGGCACUCAUAUAAGCAAUAACCUCAAAUGGAAAAUCAAUUCAGAUCACAUUUAUAAAAAAGCCAACCAAAGACUUUUCUUUCUCCGCCAGCUCAAGAAGUUCAGAGUGAGGAAACAUCUCCUAAUCCGAUUUUACACAGCCAUCAUCCAAAGCAUGCUCACUUCAUCAAUAACAGUCUGGUACAGCAGUUUAGACACUCACUCCCGCAAUAAACUACAGCGCAUUGUCAACAAAGCAUCCAAAAUCAUCAGCACUCCCCUCCCAUCAAUAGAAUCACUCAAUCUCAAACGGUCCGUGUCAAGGGUGAAGAAAAUCAUUUCUGAACCCUCCCACCCAGCUCACCACAUCUUCCACCUGCUGCCGUCAGGGAGGCGCUACAGCUCACUGCCCGCCAAAACAUCACGAUUUAAAAACAGUUUCUAUCCACAUGCAAUUCGAAUUCUGAACACUCUAUGACAACAUCACAUAAUCACCUCGUGCAUGUACUGUAUACUGUAUGUUGUUGUGUUUUUAUGUUAUGUUUGACGGGAAUCAGCCUAUUGUAUAACAUCCUGUACUGAACCUGAAUUCCACCAGCUUGACUGUGUGGUCAUUAAAUAAUCUAAUCUAAUCUAAUCUAAUCUAAUCUAACCAAGAACAUCGUGGUGCAGAAGAAUCAACCACCAAAAUUAUAUCACCUGGAAUAAAAUUUAUUCUAACCCUGACCAUAGUUGUUGUUCUUGGAUUAGGGGCAAAUAUUCUUGUGUCCACCUUUUCCAAAAAAGAUCUGCCAUAUAUUGUGCUUGGCUCCACCUGCGUCUAAUAUACAAAUCUUCCUUCACAAAGAGCCCAGGUGGUAGAAUUGGAUUGGUCUUCAACAGAAGAAUAUGAUUUAGUGUAAGUGCUUCCAGGUCAUUCGGAUCAUCAGAACUCUUAGUAAUGGGUUGAUCAUUUAAAAAUGCUUCAACUUCACCAAAUAAAGUUUGCAAUCCUUCAUCGUCCAAAACUUGUUGUUUAAGAACAGAACGUAGCACAUUUCUAACCAUGCGGAUCAACCAUUCCCAAACACCGUCAUGAUGAGAUCUCGUAGGAGGAUUAAAAUCCCAUUCUAUCCCAUUCUGAUACAUAACACUCUGGAUUUUUCGAGCAAAUAGGAAUAACUUUGUUUUAGCUUUAAGAACCCAAGCUACCACAGUCACCAAUUUAUUCCAUGAUGAAAAAUGGAUAAUUAAGUCAUUUGUUAUGUUCGAUGAAUCCUUAGCAAUAACAUUUGUGGUGAUGUUUAAUUUCUGGAUCAUUAGCAGAGAUUUCAAAUCCUGGCUCAAGCUUUGGCCAUUCUCUGUCUGGCUUACAGAGAAACUCUGGUCCAUUGAUCCAUCUCUUAUUGCUUAAGAAGCGAUUUGCUGUUAAUCCUCUAGAAGUGCAUCCGCAGGAUUUUCCUUUGCAUUAACAUAUUUCCACUGUGAUACAUUAGUAGCUCUCCUUACAUAAGAGAUUCUGUUUGCUACAAAUGUUAGAAAACACUUGUUAUCAUUGUUAAAGUAUUUAAGCACUGCAGUACUAUCAGUCCAGAAGAUAGAUUUCUCCAGCUGAAGCUGCAGUUCCUUUUGCAGCAUUAUGUCAACUUUAACAGCUAAGACUGCGGCAGUAAGUUCCAUUUUGCGAAUCGUCAUUUGCUUCAAUGGUGCCACUCUGGCCUUUCCCAUUAAGAAUGCAACGUACUUCAUUGUUAUCAUUUUUCAGUCUCUAUUGACUGCUGACAAACUCUUUCGGUUUCAAUGCCUUCAAUGCAUUCAUUCCAAUAAGUAGGUCUUUACCAGUUGCUUAAGAAUGAACUGCAAAUGCUGGAAAAUCAAAGGUAGACAAAACUGCUGGAUAAACACAGUGGGUGAGGCAGCAUCUAUGGAGUGAAGGAAAUAGGCAACGUUUCGGCCUGAAAUGUUGCCUAUUUCGUCCGCUGCAUAGAUGCUGCCCCACCCGCUGAGUUUCUCCAGCAGUUUUGUCUAGGUCUAUACCAGUGUUUACUUUAGGAAUCUUGACAUCCUUCAAGUAAGGCCAUUGUUUCAAGUCUUUUUGUUUGGGUAUAUUUAGAUGAGAAACCAGCAUGGUCUCAUGUGUAAACACGUCAGAUAUUUGUAUAAAAUUGUUUUUAUCCAGACUAGAUAUUUCCAUACCAGUAAUAUGAUGUUUAUUACAAUAUUUAUCUUCAUUCAUGGCACGCAAUAGAAUCUUAAGUCUUUUCUCCUGUGAUGUCCAGUCUUCUCAUCAAGCUUUCUGUGCAAAAGGUAGUCGAACUUCCAUGAUCCAAAAAUGCAUAUGUUUGCAACACUGAAUUCGCUUUGCUGCUCCUUACCCUUUAUGCCAAGAUGGAGAAAAUACAGGUUUCUACCCCGGCCAUCACUCGUAGCUGGCUUCUCCUCCUGUUUCUUCUCCGUAAUCUUCUAUUCAAUGUGAAGUAAUUCAGGAUGAUCUUGUUUGCACUUAUUGCAAGUCAUACGAUUCUUGCAGUUUUUAACCAUGUGUCCUUUCUUCAAACAUCCAAAACAGAUUCCCUUUUCCUUUAAGAAGUCAAUCUUUCCUUCUUAUAACCAUAUAACAAUUACAGCACGGAAGCAGGCCAUCUCGGCCCUACAAGUUCGUGCCGAACAACUUUUUUUUCCCCUUAGUCCCACCUGCCUGCACUCAUACCAUAACCCUCCAUUCCCUUCUCAUCCAUAUGCCUAUCCAAUUUAUUUUUAAAUGAUACCAAUGAACCUGCCUCCACCACUUCCACUGGAAGCUCAUUCCACACUGCUACCACUCUCUGAGUAAAGAAGUUCCCCCUCAUAUUACCCCUAAACUUCUGUCCCUUAACUUCUUAAAUUUUCGACACCACCUUGUGGUGUGACCAAUAUCAUCACAUGACAAACAGAACCCUUUUUGCUUAAUAGUGGAUGCAUCUCCUUUCAUUCCUCAUCGAGCUACAAGAACCUCUAAGAAAUAUCGCGAACUCAUGCAAUGCCUUCACAUCUUCUGCCUUGAUAGCUGUCCAAGCAUACGCCUUCUUCAUGUAUGCAUUAGCAAUCUUGUUUGAUACCAAAAUGUUCUUUAAGCAAUUUUCUUGCCAUUUGAUAGCCCUCUGCAAGCAAAUUUUUACAACUUAUUGCAAGCUGCUUUGCAUAUCCGCUUGUGUCGUGCUCCAGAAAUCGUAAGUGAUCUCUUUCAUUAGUAGUUUAGUAGAGAAACGCUAUUAUAAAAGUUUCAUAUUGCAAAGGAUCACAAUCAUACUUAGGAAUUUCCAUUGGGGGUAAAGUGGAAGACAGAUUUUCUUGAGCUAGGAGCUCGCUGAUUCUUGUUUGAUUCCUCACCAAU